UGAACAAUCAGAAUAAAUUGUCUCUUACAAUUAAAAGUUAAUAUUGAAGCUGAAAAGCAAAAGUAAUUAAUUCAUACGAAAUAUGAACAAUUUUCUAUUGCGAACGAUUUUCUUUUCAAUUGGUUUUAUAUUAUUAGUUAAUUGUGAUGAUUUUAAAUGUCCAUCGAUUGGAACCAAAAAAGGUAAAAAAGUUCCCGACAUUUUGAAACUAAUCGAUAAACAAAAUGGUUACUAUUCGACCGUCGAGGUGAAUAAUGAGGAUCGCGAAAAUUUGGUCCACGAAUAUUUUAACGUCGAUAGUAGAUUUGGUUUCGUUGACUUGCAGGCCAUGAGACAGGACGGAAUGAAUCGUCGAUACUAUUACCAUGAUACAGAGGAAAAAAUUGCAGUUCUUGAUAAUAGAUGUGCGCGAAUGGACUUGACACAAUCUGAAAAGGUCGAAUCGAUAAAAGAUUGGUUCGAACCAGCAGAUAUCGUGGAAAAAAGUGAAAUUUUCAAAGAAUUUCUCCACUUUGGACCUUCUGUGUUGAUGAUUUACGCCAAUUCGAUAGGCGAUAAAGCUUCGUUCAUUGGAACCGAAUUGAUUGAUGGUCGUUCGAUAGAUCAUUGGUUUUACUGUAUCGAAGAUGCUGGUCCUUAUAUCGAUUUUUAUUUCGACACUGAGAAUUCGUUUCCAUACCGAUUUUCGCUUUACUAUCCAAAGUCGGAAACUUUCGGAAAUGAGACUGUCCAAACAGAGGAAGGUCGACAUUCUUCUUAUGUUUACAACUUUUUCAUCUUUAAGCCUUUGGUUAUUUCACCUUACGAACCGAUGCCUUAUCCGGUCAGUUAUGGUUGCGCUCGAAAAGAUAGUAAAUGGCAAAAACCAUUACCCGAAUUUACAUCGAUAACAAAGUUCACUUUAGACAUGGAAGCCGUUAUAACAUAUCCUAAUGGGGAAAUUAUCAAAUCUACAGCUCGUGUUAUGAAACAUCGCGAUGUUUACUCGUACGAAAUAACGGAAAGUGAAGGUACUACCAGGUCGAUUGAGAAUCCACCUCCAUUGGGUCGAUGGGAAGUUGAUGAAUUUACUGGAUCAUGUAAAUACUACACAUCAGAUUAUCAAUCUCAUAUAACUUUGGUCACUCGAUGGCCUUUCUUUAAGGAUCGAGGUUUCAAUCUUCUCUAUUAUAUCGUCAUGAAACCAACCACAGAGGCCCGACCAUCUUACGUUGGUACCUUUGAUCUUGGUCCAGAAAUAAUUGAAGAAUAUAGAGCAAAAAACUUCAUAAGGAAUAGUAUCGAUGCCAUAGUCGAUUAUCAUUAUCCUGUUUCGAACAGUUCAACAGAUCCAGAUAAUGUUCCAGCAAAAAUUGUAUUUACAAAAGAUCGCUCACAAAAUUACAUAACUGAUACUCCAGAUCAAAUCGAAGUGACCAUCAUUGACUUUAGAAGAGAUUAUUUUGACUUUGAAGAUCGUUUUGAUGUCUCCGGAUGUUACGAAGAUUUCGGAAUGUACACUUGGUUUCAACUUGUGUUUUCGAAUCCAUCGUUAUCUUCAACUUCCUACAACUUGCAGAUACUUCGUAGUGAAGUUCACGAAUUUCUCACUGAAUUUAUCCCAAUCACUCGAAUAUCUGAUAUUGUCAUUAAUCCUGUAGAUUAUAAUUUCUAUGUGAACGUUAAACUUCUCGAUCGAAUACAUUUUAUCGAAGCUUAUAGACCAAAUCAAGAUGGUAGAUUGGAAAAUCCCGAUAUGAUUGUCAAGUCUCCUCGAAUUGAAGACUGUGAACAAGCUUGUACCUCGAAUCCAGCAUGUUUCGAGUUCAGUUAUUGUCCUGAUUUUACUUGUUCAAUGACCACUUCUAAUGGUUAUACACAAGUCUAUUAUGAAAAGGGUUGUACUCAUUAUUCAGUCGAGUUUCACAAUGAGGCUUCAGAUUUUGUCAAACAGAACUUUUUAUCUUCAAUGAAAUCUGUAUUACAUCAGAUUCGUCGUAAAAUCGAUCAGGAUUUACUCGUUGUCAGAGCGAUUUCUUCUAGUGCUGAGGAAUUAUUCAUCGUCCAUGGACCUGAAGAGAUUGGUGAUUUAACUGAACAACAAGUUGGAGACUUUGAUGAUUUACCUAAUUUCUUUCAAGGUGAUGAAUACCCUCUAAUUCAACCUGAUCGUAGACUAAAUUCUGGAAUUGCAACCUUAAUCAAAAUUGAUUAUCUUGAAUGUUUAAGCUUAUGUGAAAACGAUGAUGAUUGUAAUUCACUCUCAUAUUGUCCAAAUCAAAACAAGGAGUGUAUCUUAUCCUCAGAGACAACGUACAACUUGGAGACCUCAACAGAAACAUUGACAGAUAAAGCCGAAGGCUGUAACAUCUAUGAAAAAUCCUUCACAAACUAUUUCACUAAAUAUCCUGGUAAGAGUUUGGAUGUUGAUGCUGCAGCAAUCAAAGAGGGCAUUGAGUUCACUGAUUGUGCCAAAGAAUGUCUCAAUACGAAAGAUUUCAAUUGUGAAUCCUUUGAUUACUGUUCUUCCCAUUUCCAAAAAAAUGAUUCAGUUUGCUUCCUACAUGUCAAUCAUCUUACAGCCGAUCCAAAGCAUUCAGUUAAUAUUACGAAUUGGAAAAUCGCUGAAAGUGGAUGUGACCAUUUCUCAAAAAAAGCUGAUCACGAUUACAGGCACAUUGUAGCCCAUCAAUUUAGUCCAGCGACUCAGGUUAUUGGUACUUAUGAAGAGUUACCUUUAGAAGAGUGUGCAGCAAAAUGUAAUUCUAAUCCAGUUAAUUGUUACACUUUUGAAUAUUGUGAGAAGCCUGAAAACCUUGAGGAUGAUUCGGGUGAUAUGUUUUACUUUACUUCGAUUAUUAUUAAAUCAACUUGUCGUUUAUCCAAUUUCAAACCAACAACCAUUUCGAACACAAAUGAUCCAGAAUUUAGAAAGUAUUUCGAUAAAUCACUUUCGGACGAAACAAUUUGCUCAAUUUACGUCAAUCAAGAGAAAAUUAGUAAAUCAAGUGGAAAUAAAGAUAAACUAAAUAUCAAACCAGAGCAAAAGGAUCGAACCAGUUUGGCCUUUGGAUUUGGUUCGUUUUUCUUUAUCCUAGCAUUCGCUAUCGGUGCCAUUGGUUUCAUUUAUGCUCAAAAAAAUAAUUUAAUAAACAUUUAAAAGCAAAAUACUCAAUCUCUCAGUACAAGUAAACUGAUUGUUGAUUAAUUGUAAGCAAAUGAUACGAAAUCAUUAACAGUAUUGAACAUUAUCAAAAAGCUACCACAUAACAUUAAUAAAUGGAUGUCUCUUUAGUAACUGUUA